CCAAAGCCCUUUCUUUCAUUCAAACGCCUUUGUUCUUUCCCUCUGAAAAACCUCUCUCUCUCUCUCUCUCUCUCUCUCUCUCUGCGGCACGAAAAUGGCGGAAGAAGGCUCAACUUUGAAGCUAAUCAUGGAGAAAGGCCCGCGAGAGGGCGAAACCCUAGAAUUCCCACCCGGAUCCACGAUCCAAAUCGGCCGAGGUCGAGGCCGAGUUGUCCGCAACGGCAAACUCCCCAUCAACGACGACGGAAUCUCCACCAACCACCUCUCCAUCGACUCCACAGAAUCCGGAGAAUGGCUCGUCACCGACGUCGGCUCCUCGAACGGCACCGUGUUGAACGGCUCCGACCUCACGCCUAAGACCCCCUGCCAUCUCCGAAACGGCGACGUAAUCAAAAUCGGCGAGUUCACGUCCAUCAAGGUGGUGAUCGAGGCGGUGGACCGCGGAGGCGGUGCCAGUCGGUUGCGGCGGAACCCUAGGCGCGGUGGUGGUUCGAAGGCGAAUUUGACUUCGAUUGGUGAAGAUAGUGAGCUAGGGUUAGGGUUUGGGGGAGAAUUGGGAAAGCCUGUGGAGAAUCCUCGGCGGCGAGGUCGACCGAGGAAAGAGAACGUUGAGCCUCAAGAGAGCUUGUGUGAGGUCAAUGAUGUAGGAGAAAACGACACUGUGGGCCCAAGUAGGACGAAACAGGGGCGGGAAUUGAGUACCAGGAUCACUCGUAGUUCGAAGAAGAAGGAGAAUUCCAAUUUAGAAGCUGAGACAUCGGGUCAAGUUGUUGAUAAAAUGACCCGAGGGGGUAGGAGUCGAAAGAAGGUUUUACAGAAUGAGCCAUUGGAGAGUGUGAAAAAUGAGAUCUUAGAUGAGAAAGAAGAGAAAGAGUGCGAAAAAGUUGAAAAGAAUUCAAAGAACAAAGAGAAUUCCAGUGUAGGUGGAAAUGGGUGUCAUGUAGUUGAGAUUUCAAGUCAGAUUGUCGGUAAAAUGAUCAAAGAGGGUACGAGGAGAAAGAAGAAUUUGCAGGGUGAGCCAUUGGAGAGUGUCGAAAAUAAGGUUGUAGAUGAGAAGGGAGAUGAGGAGUGUGAAAGAGUUGAAGAGAGUUUACUGAAUGAGCAGUCAGAAGCUGUUCGAGGUGAAGUAGGGGAAGGUGGUGGGCUGGACUUAGAGAAGAUGACCCUGGAUGAGUGGUUCGAUUAUUUAGAGGUUUAUUUGCCGAAACAGAUACAUGAUGAGACUGAAGAGAUGAUUUUGCAGAUGAAUCAGAUGGCACAGCGAGUUCAGCAGUUUAUUUUGGAGCAAAAAAGUGAAAAAGAAAAGGGUAAACUGCCUUUAAGCUAGGUGAAGAUGCUAUGACCAACGAAGGGGUUAUAAGAGAGGAAUGUUAUGUGGCACCAGCUGCCAAUGACUUGGUCAUUUCACACCAUGUGGGGUCACUCCCCUAUUCAUGUUAAACUGUUGGAUGUUCACCCCAAGACUAUGCAAGGUAUUGCCAACUAGGAACAAGGUAGGAUGCUGCCCAGGGGACAUGUAUGUAUCGUGUAUAUUCAGCAUUUUUCUUGGACACUCCAAGGUUGGGAAAUUGACAAUUUCCUGUUUUGUGUAAGGUCACUUUAUGUUGUAAAGUUUUUAAAUCCUUAAGGCUCUGACAGGUUUCUUUUUUAUGUCAAUAAUGCUU